AUCAGCUUUACCCCUUACUGUCGAAGCUAAGACUGGCAUUGUCCCACGGUGUAGACUUCUUUCUCAGUUUGCAUCGAUUGUGGGCUAAUUGGUACGAACUCUUGGGGCUUCAAGGACGAUGGCUUCUAUCAGCGAUAAGAAAGCGUGGACCACGCUCAUUACCAAUGUUGAUUAUCUCCCAGGGCUCUUAGCCCUGGACUACUCUCUUAAGAGAGUCGGGUCCAAGUAUCCGCUGGUUGCCUUGUACACGUCAACGUUCCCUGAGGAAGGACAUAGGGCACUGGACGAACGAGGCAUCCCCAAGAUUGAGAUCAAGUACCUGCUUCCUACUAGGCAUAAGGACUACUCCAACGAUCCUCGGUUCUAUGACUGCUGGUCUAAGCUACAGCCGUUUGGACUCACGCAGUUCGACCGUGUUGUUCAAUUGGACUCCGAUAUGAUUGUGAUCAAGAAUAUGGAUGAGUUGUUUGAAUUGGACUUGAAGGGCAACGCCUUUGCUGCUGGUUGGGCAUGUGUGUGUAACCCUAUGAACUUUGAGCACUAUCCAACGGAUUGGGUUCAACAGAACUGUACCUUCACCAAUUGGUAUCAGAAGAUGGGCUCCAGCGAAACGGGUCUUACCCUUGGCCCGAAAGUUGACGACAGCAACGGGUUAAUGAUCUGCAAUGGUGGAUUGCAGCUCGUCGAACCGUCAGAGGAAAAGUACCAGAAGAUUGUCGAUAAGCUCAAUGACGAUGAUAUUGACUACGAUUUUGCAGAUCAGUCUCUCCUCUCCGAUGUCUUCAAGGACAAUUGGUUGGGUCUAUCGUUCGGUUAUAACUAUUUAAAAACGAUGAAACUAAUUCACAAGGACUUGAACUUUGAAGAUGUUAAGAACAUACACUACAUCCUUACUCCGAAACCGUGGAACGUUGAUAGACAAUACAAAGACGAUACUGACACUUUCAAGUUCUGGUGGGAUAUAAACGAUGAGAGGCUCGACAGAGAGAAAGCGCUAGGCAUCUCUGACAGGUUCUAAUUCAACUACGUGAAUGCUUUUUAAAGAAAACUUUCUGUUUUGUUCUAUCAGCUGUUUUUAUAACAUUCGUUGAAGAUGCAUUAAAAAAGGGGGAUAACGGUAAUCGUAGGCUUCGUUAGAGAAAGAGAAAAUAAGAGAGAUUCAGUUGAUGAAUCAAGAACAACAAGCUCUAGAUCUAAGCAGAGUAUGCCUGUCUUGGGUAUGGGAAGGAUGGACCAACCUCUUGAAUAGAGAGCUUAGCCAACCAUUGGCCCUUAUCAACAGCCUUCUCCAAAGAGUCUCCAGAGACCAAACCAGCAAGCAAACCACCGGCAAAGGCAUCACCUGCACCGUUGGUGUCCUUGAUGUUUUCAGAAGCCAAAGCAUGGACUGGAAU